AGUGACUUCCAGGGGAUAUUCCCCCCGCUGGAUCCCUUGGCAGCUGGCUUCUGCCUCGUUCGCAAUAAAAAACCCCAAACCUCUCAUGUACUGGGCAAUCAAACCAUUAACUCCUAGAAACCACAGGAACUUUUUGAAAUUAUCCUCAAAGAUGAUCAGUGAACCAGUGAAGGAUUUAAUGGAUCAGUGAGGAGGCAGUAUAAACUAAACUGGUGCAUUCUCCUCAAUUCUUGAAGUCUGGGGAUUAAAACUGCGUGAUUCUGCUGGGAUACAAAUGCAUAGGCUCAUGAGAAAAGGAAGAGGUAUUCUUUCUAGAGGAGGAUCCUUCCUCAAAUUUCAUGACAGGAUGGUACUUGAACAGAAUACUGUUACCACAGGCUCAGAAGAGAGGCAGAGGAGAUCAGCCCAGGUCAAGAAAUGGAACACGAUGGUGUGGUUUUGAAAUAGUUAUGCCAGAGGACCAAACACCUUCACAUCUGGAUUUACAAAAGCCUUUUGCCAAGUUUGAUGAUGAGAGGGAGAUAAGAAUCCACUGGAGAGAAUUGAGAAGGAGGAAUGAGAGUGGUUGGAGUGGUUCAGCAAACAUGUCAAGUAAUGUCUGAGAAGGGACAAGAGAAAAGUUAUCACAGAGAAAACUAUUCUUCAAGAGAAUGCACUGUUGGCAGCUGGAUAAAGCCGGGUUCAGUCACAGUCAUACAGUCAAAGAACACAAGAAGGAAAUACCCAAAGUCAACACAGCACAUGUAGGAAGAUCAGGCUUCACAUGAAGCUGAAAACCAAGAAGGAAAGAGGAAAGUGUUGGCUUGCAAAACACAUGGAAAUGUGUCACAAUGGUGAUCGGCCAUAAACUCCUCUCCUUGUCCAUCUCCUUCUUGAGAAAAGCUGCUGCCACUGACUCAUAGGACCCCAGCACAGGAGCAUUAAAGAAGCCCUGCUCCAUGUCACACCUCAGCAGCACCUGUUUAGAUGAGCUUCCACGGAAGGGUUGCCUGUGUUCUCUGGGAAGCCAAGUGUUGCAAGAGCAAGAAACUACUAAAGAAGAAACUACUAAAGAAUCCACCAAAAAAAUACCACGGUUGUAUGACUGGGAUGAAUGUAGUUUCAAAGAUGAUGCAAAAUGAAAGGAAUCCUGAAGAAUCGGAAGCCUGAAGGCAGCUUUUAUCUUCCUGUGUCACAGAAGAAAACAAUUACAAAUUAGCUGCUCUUCUGACAUCUGUGCUUCCUGUGCAUCCUCUCACGGCUGCCAACAUGAGCUACUGUAGUGGAUUCUUCUCUCCUACAGAAUGCACCAAGAGACAUUUUUUUCUGGUUUCCACCAUCUCUUUUACAGCAAUAUAUUUGAUUUCCUAUUUUUAUACUUCUUAUUACCUUGCUGCUCUACCUAAAAGUGAUGAUCCUCACGUGGAAAGUGAAAAGAGUUUACUUGGCAAAAUAUUAACAAAUUUCAAACAACUCUCAGGGAAAGAAAAUGGAGAACUACCACCUGAAAAUGAGCAAUCAGGGAAUAAAACACCCGCACCUACUACAACACAGUCAUUUACGUUCAUUAUUAACGAAGAAGAGAAGUGUAAAGAUAAAACCCCUUUCCUGGUAUUGCUGAUAUCAACAACAGCAGCUGAACUGCAGCACAGAAAUGCCAUCCGAAAGAGCUGGGGGAACGAAACUGCGGUUCCAGGCGCUGACAUUGUUCGGCUGUUCAUGCUUGGCAUCGAGACCAAGGGUGCCAACGAGGGCGUGCUGCUGAGAGAAAGCGAGCAGUAUCGCGAUAUUAUCCAACAGGACUUCCUGGACACUUACAACAACUUAACUCUUAAAACUAUGAUGGGCAUGAGGUGGGUGGCCUCUUACUGCAGUGGCACGAGGUUUGCUAUGAAGACAGACAGCGAUGUUUUUGUCAACACGAUGUACCUGAUUGAAAAGCUCCUCAGGCCUCUCCCACCUCCCACACAGAAUUAUUUCACAGGCCAUUUAAUGAAAGGGCACAGCCCUAUUCGGAAUAAAGGCAGUAAAUGGUACAUAUCAGAAGAAGAAUUCCCAGGUAACAAAUUCCACCCUUUCUGUUCAGGAACUGGCUAUGUCUUUUCUGGAGACCUGGCUGCAAAAAUUGUCAAUGCCUCUUUAAUGAUUAAAUAUAUACACUUGGAGGAUGUUUACGUAGGGUUUUGCCUUAAUGCAAAGGGAGUAGAAAUAGUACCACCUCCUGAUUCACUGUUUAACAUACACAAGGUCCCAUUUUCUCCUUGUGUGUACAAUCGUAUUAUUACAUCUCAUCACAUUCAGCCACAUGAGCACAUAUUCUAUUGGGAAAUACUUCAGGAGAAGAAACACACAUGUUAGAAAGAGAAAGGUCCAUCCUGGAACAUCCUAGGAACUUUCUCUAACA